ACAUGGCGCCGUUAGCAGAGGACACGCCCUCCUCCCAACGUCAGCACGCCGGUCCACGCACUCUCUUAAUUGAUUGUUCCGCCGCUGGACCUGGGGUGUUAUUUUUUUUCUUCUUCUUCUUUGCCGCGCUGAGGGACCGCGUGCGUAUCCAUCCGCCGCCGCUGAGGUGAGAGAGAGCGCAGCACGCCCAGGACAGCACCGGAGACACCCGGACACCAUGUCGGCAACCGCCACGCGUGAGAAGAGGAGCGCGGCCGCCACAGCCACCGCUCCCGCCAGCAAUAACAACGGGGAUAACGGCGGGGAGGCGGCCGGCGACGGGCAGGAGAUGCUGGAGAACUGCAGCGUGUGCAAGAGCCGGCUGAGUGCGGAGCGGGUGCCGCAGCUGCUGCCGUGCCUCCACUCCGUGUGCCAGAGCUGCCUGAGUGCCGAGUCCGCCGACACCGGCGCUGCAGAGCCCGACUCUGCUAUGGUUAAUUGCCCGGUGUGCAAGAAUCAGUGCUUUCAGAAGGAUAUUGUUGAGAACUACUUCCUUAGAGAGGACUCCCCGUCUGAGCAAGUGACAGAGACAAUUCAGAGAUGCACCAGCUGUGAGGACAAUGCUAUAGCUAACAGUUACUGCAUUGAGUGCACAGAAUGGCUAUGUGAGACCUGUGUUGAGGCCCAUCAACGAGUCAAGUACACAAAGGAUCAUACUGUCAAAGUAACAGGUGGAUCUAAAAAAGAAACGGAGCAUACAGUCUUCUGUCCAGUUCAUAAACAGGAGCCUCUAAUGCUCUUCUGUGAUACUUGUGACACUCUGACCUGUCGUGACUGCCAACUACAGGGACACAAGGACCAUCAGUAUCAGUUUUUGGAGGAUGCUGUCAAAAACCAGCGUAAAAUCCUGUCUGCUCUAGUGAAGCGGCUUGGAGAAAAACACACUACCCUGCAGAAAUCUACAAAGGAUGUCCGAUCUUCGAUUCGCCAGGUGAUUGAUGUACAAAAGAAACUACAAGUAGAUGUGAAGAUGGCCAUCCUCCAAAUUAUGAAGGAGCUUAACAAGCGAGGCAAAUUGCUAGUAAAUGAUAUGCAGAAAGUGACAGAGGGACAUCAGGAUAAACUAGAGAAACAGCACUGGACUAUGACUAAGCUACAGAAACACCAGGAACACAUACUCCGCUUCGCCACGUGGGCCCUAGAAAGUGACAAUAAUACUGCGUUGCUGCUUUCCAAGAAACUGAUUUAUUUCCAGCUCCACCGUGCUCUGAAAGUUGUAGUAGACCCUGUUGAGCCAUUAGGAGACUUGAGGUUUCAGUGGGAUUCGGAUACCUGGACAAAACAUGCAGAGUUCUUUGGUAAAAUCAUAUCUGAUAAAACUGGUGUUCUGCCAUCUUCAGGAUCUGCAUCUUUAAACUCCAGUCAGGUACUGACACCGCUCACCAACUUUAACCCAAUGGUACAGAAUCGAUCACGAUCUGGUGUUUCUCAAGGAAGGGCAGCUGCUGGCGGUCCUGGGAACUUCAUGCAGCAGGCAAUGGAUGACUAUGAUGGGGCAGAGGGUGAAUCUUCAGGGUUGGAAGCUGUAGCGGGUCAUAAAAGAGGACGCAGCUCAGACGGUGAUGUAAAUGAACUAUUGAAGAAAGUUCCUCGUGUCAGCCUGGAACGAUUGGAUGUGGAUCUUAAUCCAGACACACAGCCGCCAGUCUUCAAAGUUUUCCCCGGAAACACCAAUGAGGACUAUAAUUUAAUUGUGAUUGAGAGGGGAAAUGCAGCAGGGGAACCUAUUGUGAAGGAGGAAGCCAUGGAAACGGGCAUCAGUAUCCCCACAAAUGUUUCCACAGAGGAUAAAACAUACGGUCGUCCUGAUGGUCUGCCAGAAAGUUUGCCACCUGUCAUCCGCCCACCAAGUGCAGCCAGCGAUGGUGUUUCCUCCGAUUUCCAGGGAUCUAGUGCUGGUGGUUUUCCAGAAACUGGCACUGCUUCUCGCUGUAAGGUGUGCCAGAAAGAAGGAACCCUACUCGCCUGCAACCAGUGUAAAACCAGCUUCCAUAGAGACUGCCACUUGCCUGCUAUCCUGGAGAUCUCAAGUGGGGAGUGGAAGUGUAUGCUCUGUCAGGACAUUUCAAAGCAUGACCAGAGUGAGAUUAUUCCACUAGUGGAUGCCAAUCCCACAAACCUCUCCUCGACUGACCAGAAGAAAUGUGAACGUAUAUUAUUGGAGCUACUCUGCCAUGAUCCUUGCCGACCCUUCCACAGACUGUCUAGUGGAACGGAUGAUGAUCCGCUAACUGACUUAACCCUCAUCCGAGCCAAGCUACAGCAGAAGUUAUCACCUUCAUAUAUCAGCCCUGAUGAUUUUGUCAGAGAUGUAUGGAUGAUGUUUAGAAAUGUCAGCAAGUUUGCAGAGGAUAAAGCUGUGGUGCAAUCCAUCAUCGAGUUACAGUCUUUCUUUGAGGCAAGACUCAGCCUUCUGUUCGGUGACCGGAAGUUCUCAUGUCUCCUGGGGGAGGUCGGAGGUGAAGAUGAGCAGCAGAGUGAAAGUGUUACUCAGAGAAGUUCCCCAGUCAGCACGACCAGUGAGAGUGUAUCAUCUGUUAAAAACACAGCUGAACAAGAAUAAUUCAGCCUGGCUUGAUGUACCCGGAUAAUCAAAUUCAAGUGGAUAUGCGCAUGUCUGGUUUCCCACAAUCACAAAUGCGCAAGUGACUGGACAUUUCAGUAUAGUCCUUCUCCCUCCUCUUUCAAUAGAUGAGUGAUAGGUUGCCACUGGAAACGAACAAUGGAUGCCCUAGGCAGUGAAGACAUUUUGGGAGAGGCCAAUGUAGAAAUAGCGAGUUAUGUGUUACGUUCACUCGCAUUGUGUCCUCUUCGGUUUUUCAUUGUUUUCAUAACUCUUAUUACAGUUUCAGCUGUGUAGAAAAACUCAUUGCACUGAUUUUGGCAGCCCAACAGUCAUUGCUUAGACUUCAGUCUUUAUUCUGCUGACAGGACCCCAUAAUGUCUAGCUGUGAUGAAACGGUGCUGUUAAGUGCGACCUCUCUUCCUGGGUAGAAUCUGUGCAAAGUUUUACUUUGAAAUUCUACAAUGUAAAAGUAUUCUUCAAUUAAAUUUAGUUUUUGUUGUA